GGUGCCCUGGAGCCCAGGCCCCAGCUGGACUCUGCCAACCAGCUGAGCCAAUACCGCGAGAAGCUCGCCAGGGAAAUGCAACAGCAGGGGCUCGGCGCAAAGUCCGCCUCGUCUCCUCCGACCCAGCACCAUACCAAGAGGGUGUCACCCAUCCUCGAGGAGUCCGCUGCGAGCUCGCCCAGCCAGAUGUCCUCUGGGCCGUCGACCGCCUCAACCGACGCCUCGACAGAAUCUGGCCAGACCAUUCGCGGCGGCGUCACCCCCGGCUUCCUCCCGCGGACGACUUCCUAUCCGUUUCCUCGCGUGACAACGCCUGGCUACGGCCCGUCCGCCCUGCACAGGCCCUUUACAACACUGUCGCCGACCGGCUCCGCACCCGACUCGCCCGCCUCAUCUGCUGCGGGCACGGCGACUUAUGGGAACUCCCGGGCCCAGGACCGAGUCAUGUCCAACCCCUCCACCCCAGCGUCGGCUUUGGCCUUCCAACCUGCUGGUUCAUCAUCGCAGGCACCACAGCCAGGGGGAAUCUCGGACUUUCCUACUCCGAACCUCUAUGACUUGUCAUUGAUGCUGAGCUCUGAACCGGGUCUCGAUGCCUGGUGGCGGACCGUCGUUAAUAUCAUGACUGCCUUCUAUAAGGCGGAAAGACUGACCCUCGCCAUUCCUGCCGACUCGACAGAUCUAGAGAACAUCCCGUGGGGCCAAAAGGCGACUUACAACGCGCGCCAGGAGGACGGUCUCAGCAUGGAGUACAUGGCAGUGGGCACCAGCACGAUGCCCAGCAGUAUUGACGAUUUCUCAGGGCCACCGUCCUCGACGAUAGGCCGCGACCCGGUCAGGCUGCAGGCUCCACUGCGCCCCCAGCUGCCUAUGCGACACUCUUACGGGGCUUUCGAGGACGAGAAGCACAAGAAGGUGACAGCAACAAGGAUGUCAGCUAUCCCAAAGAGACCCGGUGUGUUUCCGCGGAGCAAGAGUUUCUUUCCCGGAUCCACGCAGGCCGAGCGCGCCGCCCAGGAGGACACGCUGCACAUGGGACUCAAUCAGCAGGCACUGGCAGAACACGAUGCCGAGGAACAACAAGAGGAUGUUCAGGACUGGCAGAUACCUGCACCAGAGCGCGGAAGCCAGGGGCGGAUGUUUGAGCUGCUCCAGGCCCUGGACUACGAAGCCGAUCCCCUCAUCGACCACCAUGGCGUGACAAAGGUGCUGGAGCGUGGACGUGUGAUCGCACUGACUCGCAGCUACCCAUAUUUCGAGGAGAACGCACCGACCAGACCCUCAGAAGGGAAAGUCGCAGGUCGGAGCUACUCGCCAGAAGGCCAGAAAAAGAAAGGGAGGAAGAUGCGUCCAGAUUCCUCCGCCAAGCUCUCCACCAUCCUCAGCUCUGCCCAAUCCAUGAAGAUGCUAUCCCACGAGCGCAGGACCGGCCAGCAGAACAUCGACCAGAUGAUCUCCGAAGGAGAACCACGCCGGCCUCCGACACCCACCUAUGAAGAGUACGAGCAGACCCCACCCUCGCCUUGGUCACAAUCACCCGCCCCGUCUCCGGCCAUCCGAGCCGAGGCGAAGGAGAACCCCUUUUUCGCCGAGGCCGUGGUGGACGAGUCGUCAUUCGAUCCUACUACGACAACACCUGACUACUCGUCAAUAGGACCACAGGAGGCAAUCGGGGUGGACAACGCGUGGACUGUGCUGCAUGUCCCGCUGAGGCACCCACUCCUCUCCAAGGCCUCGAGUGGUUUCAAGCUCGACCCCAAGUUUAUGGAGCAGAAGUCGUCCCUCCGGGGAAGAGAGAGCGCGGCGGACAGCGGUGCGAAUCUCGAACGAGAGUCCUUGCGAGAGGAGAAGCCAACCCCCAUUGCCAUCUUGUCCAUCCUCAGCUCCACCAUCCCGUAUCCGUCCAAUCUUAGAUACUCCCUCGAGCACCUAGCGCCGCAUCUUGCGACAUCUUUUUCGCUUUGCCGUCACUACAGCACCCUCGAAUCCGAGGUCACCAGGAUGCACCGCAGGAAAUCACGUAUUGCUGGGUUUGGCGCCGUGGACCCCGACGGGCGACCCAUGACGGACCCGGCAAUUCUUAGUUACGCUUCUGAAGAGAUGGCAGCCGCAUCGCUGACCGGUAGCAUCACCAGUCCCAGCGAAUAUUCUAUGCAAUCAAGAAGCGCGGCGGGCACGCCGGGUGGGACACCGGGCUGGGAGGGCACUGUCUUUGGAGCCCUCGCGGACAAACGCUCUGCAGUGUCUAACACUACUGCGGCCGCCGCGGCUGCUUCUGCCCCUGCCGCUGGUGAUAGCUACUUCACGACGAAAAUGAAGGCUUCGGGUAAGACGGAGACCUCAGCUGUGCAGCAGCGAACUCGGAGAGGUUCCAAGGAGAGCCCGACAUCAGAGAAGCGGUCCUCCCUUCGGCUCAAUGAGAUGCUUGAUCCUGGUCGCUUCAGCCCUGACCCUGUCGAGCCGGACACACCCGAGGAAGUGUCUGGGAAGGCACCCGAGGAUCAAGCCUCAACCAGUGUCCCGAAAAAGCACGCAAGCAGAGAGUCUCCGACGGACCAAAAGGAGGACCGGCUUGCCGAGACGAAGAGCUGGUCCGUCAGGGCAGAGCCCCACCAUCGACACAAGAAGCUUCACUCCCAUGGGGGAGACUUUGCGACGACUUUUCAGUCGCUGCCGCCGGGUUCCAAUAUCCCUGUGAAGGGUUCCCCCUCGUCGAGAGGCGAGUCCUCGCUCACGCACCCACCAGAGAUGGCUUGGCCGACAGACAGAUUAAAGGACCUGAUCCUCGACUCGCUGCCGGCACAACUCUUCGUUGCGACUGUCCCAGCUGGCGGUAUCGUCUGGGUCAAUAGUCGGUAUAUUGCCUAUCGUGGCCAGACGCUGGCUGAGCUUUAUGCGGACCCCCACGCCAGCAUCCACCCUGACGAUCGGGAGGCAUACUUGAGUGUCUGGGGGCGUGCCAUCAGGGCGGGCGAGGACUUCCAGAUGACGGUGCGCAUUCGCCGCUUUGAUGGGGCCUACCGAUGCUUCUCCGCGAGGGUGGUUGCGUGCCGGAACAGGCGCAAUGAAAUCGUGUACUAUCUUGGGAGUUAUACGGACAUUCACGAGCAGACUAUGGCCGAGCUCAAGGUUGUACGGCAGCAGGAGAUUGAAGCUUCCGAAGCGAAACACCGACUGCUCGCAAAUUUGAUCCCUCAGAUUAUCUUCACGGCAACGGAGGACGAAGGUAUCACAUUCUCAAACGAGCAGUGGCUGUCCUACACGGGGCAAAUCGAAGAAGAUGCUCUUGGUCUGGGUUUCAUGGACUAUGUGCAUCCUGAUGAUCUCGCGAGAUGUCAGAUCCCGCCUUCUCCAAACGUGCUGUCAUCGCCUUCUGGGAAAGUCUUCAAGGAAGGCAACAAGACACCUGCUCAGCAGAACAGCUCAAACAAAAGCCGACAAAGUGCGCUCUCACGAAAUAACAGCUCCAGCAGUGAGUCGACGUAUGGUCUGCCAGCUGCGAAUCUGACCGAGUUGGCCAGGUCAGGUGUUGUCAAGGUCGGAAGGGACAGCAGCGGCCGGCUGACUUACGCCACCGAGAUUCGGCUUCGGUCCCGAACUGGGGAAUACCGGUGGCAUCUUGUGCGCUGCGUCGAGAUUGAAAACACAGGCCUUGGGAACGGAAUGAGUUCCUACUUCGGCUCUGCGACGGACAUUAAUGAUCACAAAUUGCUUGAAGCCAAGCUGAAGGAGGCGAUGGAGUCCAAGAGCCGCUUCCUGAGCAACAUGAGCCAUGAGAUUCGGACGCCACUGAUUGGUAUCUCGGGCAUGGUUAGCUUCCUGCAGGACACCACGCUCAAUGAUGAGCAGCGAGACUACACAAACACCAUCCAGACGAGCGCCAACAGCCUGCUCAUGAUCAUCAAUGACAUCCUAGACCUCUCCAAGGUCGAUGCUGGCAUGAUGAAACUCAACCACGAGUGGUUCCACACACGUGCCCUGAUCGAGGACGUGAACGAACUAGUAUCUGCCAUGGCCAUCGCCAGGAGACUCGAGCUGAACUACAUUGUCGAAGAGGACGUGCCAAGCUAUGUCAAGGGUGACAGAGUCAGGAUCCGGCAAGUCCUCCUCAACGUGAUCGGCAACGCCAUCAAGUUUACCGAGAAGGGAGAGGUCUUCAGCCGCUGCAUGGUUAAGACAGGUGCGCCUGGGCUGGACGAGAAUCAAGUCAUGCUCGAGUUUUCCGUCAUCGACACUGGAAGAGGGUUCACUGAAGAGGAGAGGAAACUCAUAUUUAAACCGUUCAGCCAGAUCGACGGUAGCAGCACGCGAGCCCAUGGCGGCAGCGGCCUGGGUCUGGUAAUCUCGCGACAGCUCGUGGAGCUGCAUGGCGGAAUGAUGGAAGGCACAGCAGUACCAGGACAUGGUGCAACCUUCACCUUCACGGCCAAAUUUGGCCUGCCGACCGCCGACGAUCAUCCCGACGCACUGUUCAAUCCUCCAGCCGUCGCGACGCCUGCCACCAUCGAAGAGAUCCCCACGCAGCCAUUCAGGCAGUUUUCCAUCAGGCCCCGAGUUGCCACCGCCUCCGCCACGACUGCAAGUCCGACCACUGCUGGACAGAACUCUCCAGCGGUCGUCUCCAGCGGAAGCUCCAACCCAUCGACUACCUCGACCGGGACACGUCUCAGCGACAGGUCAUCCUUUUCAUCUGUACACACCGGUUUAGCGCGGUUCAGCGAGGCUGCGAGGGCUAGUGGUCAAGACUUGUCACAGAUGAAGCUGGAGAUGCCUCCAGGGCGGAACUCGCCGGGUCAGACGCUGACGCCCGAGCAAAAGGAGCAGGUCGCGGAUGCCAGUGGCCUGCGUCCACCCUUGUUCUCGAUCCUGAUCAUCUGCCCCCAGAAGUACAGCCGCGAAGCCACGACACGUCACAUCGAAAUGACCCUACCCAAGGACGUACCCCACCAGAUCACGGCGCUGAGCAGCGCCCAAGAAGCAGAGGCUCUGAUCGGCGGAGAAGAUCCUGUCAUAUUCACCCACAUCAUCAUCAGCCUUUCGUCGAUCGAGGAUAUUGUUCAGCUCUUGGAAGACAUCCAUCAGUCGACCAUUACCAACAAGACAUCUGUGGUUCUCUUGUCUGACUCGAUUCAGCGGCAGGAUCUGACCAAAGUUGUGGCUGGUACCAAGCAGGAACACCUGAUCUUCGACAACAGACUGUCUUACGUGUACAAGCCCGUCAAGCCCUCUCGUCUGGCUGUCAUAUUCGACCCUGGUAACGAGGGGGACGCCAGCGUCGACCGGAACCGGUCCACUGCUCAGCAGCUGGUGGAAGAUCAGAAGAAGAGUUACCAGGAGGUCGAGAAGCGCAUGGGCAACAAGGGCUACAAGGUUCUCCUUGUGGAGGACAAUCCAGUCAACCAAAAGGUCCUCAACAAAUAUCUAGGCAAGGUAGGCGUGGCGGUUGAUCUGGCCAUGGACGGGGAAGAGUGUACCGACAAGGUCUUCUCACGCCCACACGGAUUCUACUCGCUAAUUCUGUGUGACCUUCAUAUGCCUCGCAAAGAUGGCUACCAGGCCUGCCGAGAAAUUCGUAACUGGGAGAGGAAGAACAAGUACAGAAACAUGCCCAUCAUCGCACUUUCGGCCAACGUCAUGUCCGACGUCCAGGAGAAAUGCAUUGAGGCAGGCUUCAACGACUACGUCACAAAACCCGUCGAUUUCAUCAACUUGUCCACAGCAUUAUCUAAGUUCUUCUGA